AUGAUAGGCGAGACAAGUGAAACAAUGUCCGAGAAACCAGUAUUCCAAGUGAUUGUGUUGGGCCCGACUGGUGGACCACGCGAAGAUAGUGUCACGGGAAUUCUUGUCCGGUCAACGUCAACAAAAUGGUCUCCAGACUCCGUAGUAGCCGUUGAUGCAGGUACCCUUCUUGCAGGCAUUAUUCGGUUGCUGGAACGAUACAUCCCCGAAUGCCAGGAUGAUCGGGGGGUGAUGACAAGUGGGCCCUUUCAGGGGCUCGAGCUGCCCUGCAGAACAGCACAGGCAAAUGCAGCUCAUGUGUUUCGCGAAAUCAUUGGUGCUGUUCUCAUUACACACCCUCAUCUGGAUCAUAUCUCAGGGCUGGCUAUUAACACUCCAAUUCUGGAGGCGGGGAAUGGACCAAAACCCGUGGCUGCUUUACCAUCUGUGCUGUCCGCUAUCAAAAACCACAUGUUCAACGAUGUCAUCUGGCCUAACUUGUCGGAUGAGGAUGGUGGAGCUGGUCUUCUUACAUAUCAGCGCUUGGUGGAAGGUGGAAACCCUCGUUUCGGUCGCGGAGAAAGCAGAGGCUAUGUCAGGGCUUGCAACGGUCUAUUGACAAAAUGCCUGAGUGUUAGCCAUGGCCGAUGCAAGCAGCGAUACCAUCCAGAAAGCGGGAUGCAUCAUCGAAUUGGCAGCACUGUCUUUUCUGAUCACCAGUUGAUGCUUCCUUCGAGAGCGAUUUCAGUGGACCAUACCGAGGGCAGUUUCUAUUCUCCCGCUCGCUCCCCACGCCUACUCCCAUCCAACCCCAAAGAACCAGUGAUGGCAACAGUUGAGAGCUCCGCCUUCUUCCUGCGCGAUCAUCACACCGGCCACGAGAUUAUCGUCUUCGGUGAUGUCGAACCGGAUUCGGUUUCCAUGGGAACUCACAACAAACGAGUAUGGGAAGCCGCCGCACCGAAAAUUGCCACGGGCAAACUCCGAGCGAUCUUCAUUGAAUGUUCCUACAAUGACAGCACUGACGACUCGUAUCUGUAUGGCCACAUGUGUCCGCGACAUCUAGUCUCUGAGCUCAGCGUGUUAGCCAACAAGGUCACGGAGGUGCGAGAUUUGAGCACGGGUGAGAAAAAGCGCAAGCGUGAACCCGUAGGCCCCAUCGAGAUCGGCAGCGAGCAAGUGAGCCCUCGCUCAAAACGGACGCCAAGAUCCUCUGCCGAUAAAGGCAGGAUAUCCGAGCCGCUUGUUGAGCGUCGAUCGCAUCCGAGCGAGUCAUUCGAGAUUCCCCAGAUACCAAGAGUGGAUCUCGGGGAUGUCCUGGGAAAUCUGGAUUCUGAGACUGGGGUUGAUAGUACGGCUCCUCCUCUGGAAGGAUUAAAGGUCUACAUUAUUCACAUCAAGGAGAAUCUUACUGAUGGGCCUCAUCCUGGAGAGCAAAUCUUGAGGGAGCUCCAGGAUCAUGGCGAAGCAGCCAAUCUGGGUUGUGAAUUCUUUAUCCCGAAUCCUCUUGAGGGAAUAUGGAUUUGA